AUGUCUGAUCUCCGGAUAACUGAGGCGUUUCUGUACAUGGAUUAUCUGGUUACAUUUUUUUUAUUGGGGUGAAAUUAGAGCUUUUUCAUUUUUGUGGCUGGAAAGUACACCCAGCUGAAAACCAUCAACCAUUUAGACUCCAUGCUUCAUUUGAAUUGUGCUUCUGGACACAAGUCAAGGAUGACAACUUGUUUUCGAGCACUUUGCUGCAAGGGACCACCACCUGCGCGCCCUGAAUAUGAUUUGGUUUGCAUAGGUCUCACGGGCUCUGGGAAGAGCAGUCUGUUGUCCAAGCUCUGCAGCGAAAGCCAGGAGAGCGUUGUGUCCACCACAGGUUUUAGUAUAAAGGCAGUGCCAUUCCAGAAUGCCAUCUUGAAUGUAAAAGAACUUGGAGGGGCUGACAAUAUCCGGAAAUACUGGAGCCGCUACUACCAGGGAUCUCAAGGAGUCAUAUUCGUAUUAGACAGCGCCUCUUCAGAGGACGACUUGGAAACGGCUAGAAACGAACUGCACUCGGCUCUCCAGCACCCACAGUUAUGCACUUUGCCCUUUUUGAUAUUGGCCAACCAUCAAGACAAGCCCGCAGCCCGCUCCGUGCAAGAGAUCAAAAAAUACUUUGAACUUGAACCACUUGCUCGUGGAAAACGCUGGAUUCUGCAGCCCUGCUCGGUAGAUGACAUGGACGCACUGAAAGACAGCUUCUCUCAGCUCAUAAACUUGUUAGAAGAAAAAGACCUUGAGGCGAUGAGAAUAUGAAAUCUGACACAAAAGAUCCCCGAAAGCCUUGAACCCAUCAUGUUAGUUUCCCGUUCUGAUUUCAUGUUGGUGUCAAGACUGUCAUGGCUGCAGUAUCUAUUUUCCUCUAGCUAUUUCAGACUUUCAUCUCUCUGUUAAAGUGACUGUUCUGUACAUCAGGUGAAUUAGCAUUGGCAUUAACGUCAAGUACACACUACUGAAAGAGAAUUUGUUCUCUGUUUACCACUAAUAAUCUUCAUGGCAUGUCUCUUCCUUCUGUUGGUCUAAGACUCUCUUCCAUACUUUGUGCUAAAGUGGAUGGAGCUCACAGCUCAUGGGAAUGAAACCCCUUCUGAAGAAAGAAAGACUCACAUGUCUUCACUAAUUCUCCCUGGGCUUGAGAUGGGAGGAUUAUAACUGACUCCACAUGAUGUGUAUGCCAUUUCCAUUUCCAUGAUCUCUUAGGGGUUUGAGUUUUUUACAUUUUAUUUUAUCUUGUCUGUCAUUCAUAUUAGUGUGUGUGUGUGUGUGUGUGUGUGUGUGUGUGUGUGUGUGUGUAUGUGUGUGUGUUGACUUUGUAGGCUAUGAGUGAACGAUGACCACCCAGAGCUUCACCCAAUCAUCUUUUCAUAAACCUAGCCCUGCAGGACCUAGAAAGCAGAUGUGCACUGAUUGUGUGAUUCUGCCUGCAGCCAUGUUCCCUCCCUUAGGAGGAGGGCAUCCUAGUUGAGAGAGUCGGAGCAAAUGUAGGCAAGUACAGGCAUCACUGAUUCCCAUUUGAUCGAGUCCGCAAAUAUUUCUUAAUGGAGUCAUUAGUCUGCAAAAAAACAAGCUGCGACAUAAACAUUUGCUUUUUCUAAAAAGUCAGAAAUGUUUGAAUGAAAUCAAGAAAAUGGCGUUUCAAAUAAUAAAACCUAAGAGCCAAAGUUUAAUUCACGGUUAGGAUUGAAGCUGGCAUGGAUUGGCUCAAACUCAAAGACGAAUCCUAUUAUCUACUCAUCAAGUGCUGAUGUUGCUGAGGGGGUCCUGCUUAGGCCUCCACUUAGUAGUUACAGGUCUGUCAGUAUUGCUGUUAUAAACCUCUAUUUUCAGGGGUGUCAAUGUGCCCUUAGAGUAUGCUGGGCUACAGCAAAUUCAUUGGGGGCCUAGACUCAGUCUUUGGAACUAAUUUUUUUCCACUUAAUUUAAAUGAUAAAAUUGCAUAGAACAAUGUACAGUUUUAGUAAGAUUUAACACCUUUGACCUUUUCUAAAUCAGGAAUAAUCUAUGAAUAUUGACGUUCAUGGGUGAAAUAUUUAUUGGCACAUCUUGCAAACUUCUGACUACUUAUUAAGUAUAUACUAAGUGGCCAAAUGAUAGAAAACUGCUCCGUACACCCAAGCAAUAAAAAUGUGUCUGUCAUUUUUAGGUAGUAUAGACUGAUAGCCUAGACACCACAGACUCAGUGCCGCAUUUAUCACAGGGUGACGGAAAACCUGUGACUCUCUAGAGGAUAGUCUUCAAACCCCUCACAGUGCUCAGAUGUAGCAUUUGAGAUUUCAUCUUGUAAAUGGAUUUUAAUAAAACAGUCCCACACUUCUUUAAGUGUAUGUAUAUAUAUAUAUAUAUAUAUAUAUGUAUAUAUAUCAUACACCAGAGAAGGAUCCAUGAUGACUCACUUUGUCUAAAGUAUCCCUGAAUAUUUUCAACACCGUGUGAUAAUCCACGGGCAGCACAAACCUUUAAUUCCAAUUGACCAGUUACACAAUUCCUGUUUUUAUUUUGUCCUCUCUUGCUCAUCUUCCGUGAAAAGAGAUAAAUAAAUAAAUGAUUUUUUUUUUUAUCCUCCAGGCUUCGCUCUGCCUGCAAGUUCAUUAAAUGUAGAAUGUUGUCUUUUGGAAGACACUGUGGCUGUGUGCUCCUUACCAUCUGUUAAAUGACUUCCCGUUGCCUGUGUGUGUUCGUGCGCGUGCGCGCCGGCAAUGGGCUUCUCUGCAGCAGCCCGGAGACUGUCUGCAGCGUCGCAGCCGUCAGAAUGAAAACAUGAUCAAUCAGUACCCAACAACAGCUGUUUUUGACAAGUUUCUGUCUGACGCCUAAUGCUUUACAACUGUCGAUAAGGCUCUUUCUUUGUCUGGCAGGUCGGAGCGCGCUGUCUUCCCGCUCGUCUUGGCAACCAGUCUCUGUAACCCUAGAAUUUGCCGCGUUUGGGAAAACACGCGUGGGGGAGGGGAGAGGGAAGGGAAGGGGCUGUGCGGUCUUGUUCUUACUUCCAUGUAAAGUGCCACAGGUGUCUUAGUUUGCAUAUUCAGAUACAUAGGAAAACAGUCUGUUGUGUAUUUCUUCAGUUAGCAUCUUGUUAUAUUUAUGGAAGUGGCCCAUUUUUUGUACCUUCUUAGCUGAAGCAGUUGCCUUUUUUUAUACUGGCAAUUAAUUUAUAUAAGACUUUGUAUCUACCGUAGUUUACAGUAUUGGUUGCUGGGUAACUGCCAUAUUACCCUGUCUUUCUAUUGAGAUAUAUAUAUAAUCUAUACUUAAAAGUUGACAGGUUCAUGUGGACAUUUGCUAGGCAAGGAGAACUCUGCCUCGUCCGUGAUUUAUAUGAUUUCCACUCUCUUGGAAUGAAAAUAAAUGCUUAGUAGAA